AUGAAUAGUGAUACUAGCGAUGACGACUUUGAGCUGACGAAGAUCGUGGAACAGAGGAUUGCAGAAGCAGUUGAAGAACAAACCAAUUCCCAAGUAAUAAGAGAACACAAUCAUCCAGUUAAUCGACAACACCCAAGGGAGGAUCUCACUGCACUCAGCCCGUGCAAUAAUACCAAGAGUCACGAGAGUGAUGGUUUUGACUUGAUGGAAAUUGUAGCCCAAAGAGCCGCUGAUGCCAGAGUGGCCAUUGACUCUGAACAGGCUCAAGAGCCGGGUUUCCCAAAGUCCAACAAUCAGGCCUCACACCCCCUGGGAAGUCUCAUGGGUGUUAUAGGGGAACAAGAGCACGACAAUAUUCCAAGCUCCAGUAUUGGUAUGGCAUCCUUGAGGCUCAAUCACAAUGCGAUAGCAGAGUUUUUACCGCCAGGAGCGUAUCCGGUUGAUGGGACCAUCACGCGUCUUCAAGAAGAAGAUGGAUCUUCGGGAUCGGACAAUGAAGGAGAAAACUGGGAGGAAGAAAAUGUUCAAGCUAUCACAUAUCCCAUCAACCAUCAGGGAAUGCGAAGUUUGUGUGUAAAUGGGUCACACUGUACGGCAUGCUAA